AUGUUUCGUCAGCUUAAUUCUGACUUCAUCAGUACUGAUGGCUCAUUGUGGACUCCAAAAACACAUGAUUAUAUUUGUAGUGAUCAUUUUAUUGGAGGCCAAAAGUCUGACAUAGAAUCGAGUCCCAGCUACAUUCCUACUAAAUUUCCUACAGUUUAUAAAUCUCAAAAAGUUAAUGAGUUAAUGGUCACGAAUAGAUUUAAGCGCUUAAUGGACCGCCGGCAGAACAAAAAUGCAUCUUCAGCACUCAAUCCUGAGCCUGAAGUUAAUGAAUUGCAAGAAAUGAUUAUUAAAUUCCGAUUUCAGUUAACCUAUCUUUAUGUGUGCUAA